GCUCCGGGGAACUCCCGGUGCCUGGCGCCCCCCUCGGCGGGGCAGAGCGCGGGGAGGGGGUGUCUGGGACGGUUUUGCCCCCAGAGCCAUUCCCCUCACGCCCGCCGCUCUGCAAGAGAGCUCCGUCCCCAGGGGGGCCUCCUGUCUGUGUCUGUUCCAGUCUCUUCUGCUGGACCCCCAGCCCCAGCAGUGUGUGUGGUCCCCCGAGGAACCAGCCCACGCUGCCCGUUAAGCUUGAUCUACACUUAAAAUUUAGGUCAAUACAGCCAAGGCAUUUAGGGGGGUGAAAAAUCCACAGCCCAGUGCCACAGCAAUGCCAAUCAAAGCCUCGGUGCAGACUUGCUGACCAAACCCUCGCUGUAUAUAUACACAGCUAGGUCAAUCAAAGGAUGCUUUCCCUAGACAUAGCUCUGUUACUCAAGGAGGUGGAGUUCAGGGGUGCUGAGAGCUAUUGAACCACACUGUUAUCCCUGUCACACAGAAUGGCAUUGGCCUGCUAAACCCAGGGGUUUGAGUUCAAUCCUUGAGGGGGCCAUUCUGUGUGACUGUAAUCCCUGUAUAUGAUGGAAACCACUUCAAGUCAGAAUCCUUAGUUCCAGAACCUAUGGUGGUGUUUUCUGUUUUCUGGUGGUGUUUUCUGCAGCGACAGAAAAACCCGUGUCUGUGCUACGGUGUUAGGCUUUGUCUACACUGGCAACUGAACCACGAAACGUUUGUCUUUCAGAGGUGUAAAAAAACCACACACCCUGAAAGACAAAAGUUUUGCCGACGACAAGCGCCGGUGUGAACAGCGCUUUGGUGGCAGGAGCACUCUCCUGCCAGCAAAGCAAAUGCUGCGCAUUGGGGUUGGAAGUUUUUUGUUGGCAGAAGAGUUCUCUCUCCUGCCGACAAACCCUUUUAGCGGCGCAGCUGAAAUGACACAGCCAUGUCGCUAAAAGCUGUGUAGUGUAGACAUAGCCUUAGUCAGGGCACCAUAGCUAUGCAGCUAUAGUCACUGUAGUGUAGACAUGGCUUAAUUUGAAUGCUGAAAUAGGCAGAGAGAAAUCUCCUCCUACAGACCAUAUCAGUACAUGCAUCUUGGAGCCUCUCAUCACUACUAUAUAUUUUUCAAACUACAGAGCAUUAGUUUCAUUCUAGAUAGAAUAAGUCUCUGGAGACUCUCAGACAAUACUUAAUAAGAAUUUUUGUCAGGGCUCGUAGGCAGUUUUUGUAAUAGUACCUGGUAGGUUUCCCCUCUUAACAUUAACAACUAGGAUAAUAGAAUUUAGAUCCACACUUCUGCUAAUUAUUGAAUACUUAAUUUUAUAACUUCCCAUUGUAACUGCAUCAGCCCUGAUAAUGUUUUUGAACUCAUGGUUUGUCAGUAAAAAUAAUAUUCGCAAAAAGAUACUAUGCAUCCGAUGAAGUGAGCUAUAGCUCACGAAAGCUUAUGCUCAAAUAAAUUGGUUAGUCUCUAAGGUGCCACAAGUACUCCUUUUCUUUUUGCGAAUACAGACUAACACGGCUGUUACUCUAAAAAAUAAUAUUGUACUUUGCUUUUAAAUUUCAAAGGAAACGUGAUUUUGGAAGACACUGACUAUAUUUUAAAUUUAAUCUACUGGUAAAACACAUUUGAAACCUCAUAUGGAACAGCGCUAAUUGUGUAAUUUUAAAAAAAGUGAACAUGCAAGGAGAUAUAGUCAAUUUGAAAUCUAGUCAGUUCAAAGAUUAAAAGUAGUUUCAUGUACUAUCCCUCUGCCAAGUUUUACAUCUUCCACUUCAAUUUUUUUCCCCCUUCUUGCUGUGUGAAAGGCUUAUACAAACAAGAGGAAACUGAGUACUGUGUGGUGAAAUUGAUUAUAGACAAAGUGAUGUAAAAUUUCAAGGUAAACUUUCAGAAAACUAAAGUAGGGUGGAUGGCUAAAAAAGCAUUAAUUCUCCAGAAGAGGAUUCAAGAUCAACACUGAAGGCUCCAAAAUGUCAAAAGAAAUGCAAGAACUACAGAAACAGUGGCACUUCGUGAUGCAAACCAUCCACACCAACUCCAAUAUACAGCAGGGCAGUUGUCUUCCUUUCGUGCCAUCUGGCUACAGGGAGUUCUCUCCUCCCACAUCUUCAGCCAUGAAAGAGGUUGUUUCUUUUAUGAACUCUCGAGUUGGCCAGUACUUAGAUGAUCAUCCUUUUGUUGCCCUGUCACUGUUGGUGUUUAUUGCAGUAUCUGCUAUUCCUGUUGCAUUCUUUCUGAUAUUUGUGAUUUCAACAACCAUAGUGGCCUGUAUGGGGGUUGUCGUCCUUGAAGGUGUUGUAAUAUCAGUAGGUGGCAUAGCCCUUCUUUGUGUGCUGUGUGGCCUGGGUGUCCUUUCAUUGGCAGUUUCUGGAGUACUGAGUAUUUGCUACAUAGCUCUUUCAACUCUAAUCAACUACUGGCAUACUCCAAACAGCCUGGUAAAGAAGCAAGAAGCUAAUGGAAACAGUUUGCUACAAAGUAGUCCUCCUGUCUUGGACCCUUCUAACAAGAACACAAAGAGCGAAUGAACAGGACUUUCCCAGCUUCCUGUCUUCCUUGAUAUGCACUUACUUGUACUGUUCUGAAUUAUAAUUUUUUGUUUUCCUGUCAAAUACUCAAGCUUUGUGCGUUGUUUAUGGAAAUUGAGACUCAAUAUGCCUCUUUGGUUGUUGCUGUAAAAUGCAUAGUAACAGUAUCUUAACCUGUAGUCAAUUCACUGUCAUGCUAAGUGUACAGGGCAUGGUGAGAAAUCUUCCAAACACACUACAGCGUCCAGUCCUGUUGCUAUAAAAGCAAUAAUUCGCAAUAAAAUUGGGGCAGUUUUGUGCAAGGAGGAAGUGUGUUUUGAGAUUAUAACUGUUGGUGUUAGAAUUCUAAUCAAAGGGGAACAACCUGACUGCAGCAGUUGGAUGUUUUUGCACUUGGGAAAUGGGAAAGCACAGCAACACAAGGUAACACAUGUUUGAAUACUGGAAAAAUAUUUUUAAGCCUUAACAGUGGUUAUCAAAAUAUCUGUGUGGUGAAGAACUACGGCUGCACCAUGUUAAAUAUAUCUGUUGUUGGAAAAGCAAGGUAAAGGAAGUUUUACUAUGUAUAAUAUUUAAUAGCCUAAACCAGUGGUCCCCAAACUAUGGGGCGGACCCCCUAAGAGGAUGGGGAGGAACGUUCCGGGGAGCACGACAGGGCCAGGGCCAGCCCCCAUGGGGGGCAGAGAGGGAGUGCCACCAAGUUCUGCUCUUGGCCCCGACCACGUCCCCAGCUGCAGCACUGGCUUCACUCGUGACCGUGGUGCCCAGCCCUAGCUCCAGCUCCUGACCGCAGCUCCCAGGAUGGGUGAGUGGGGUUUGCGGAUCAGAUGGGGGGAGAAGGGGGGGCAAAAAAGCUUGGGGACCACUGGUCUAAACUCUUGCAUGUUUUGAUAAGUUAUUCAGAAGGGAUACCUUCCUCAUUCUCCUUCCAUCCGACAAGAGGUGCGGAUUAGGGGCUUAGUGUUCGAGUGUUUUUGCAAGUCUGUUUUGCUUACCAAUUUUCACUCUUUGACUAUGUAAAUUCUGUGAACUUUUUUGGGGGGAGGGCAAAUACUAAACAUCUUUACUUAAAUAGUAACCUCGUGUAUCUCAAAGAUACUUAGUUUAAUAAAGUGCUGUUUGUUUU